AUUGAACCCGCCAGCUUCUCCAUGCAGAAAGAUGUGGCAGUCUGCUCCCUUAAAGAUUACAGCCUUGGAAACCCUAUGGGGAUGUUCUACUUUGCCCUAUACGUUUACUAUCAGCUCGACAGCAAUAGGUUUUUGUUGUUGUUGUUAUUAUAUUCCUUUCCUUGAGAAUUCCUAAGGUGUUCUGUUUACAAUUUUGUGAGUCAGCAUCAGAGAGGUAUUCCUUCAGUGUUUGUAUCUUAACAUGUCUUUUCCCUUUUGACCAUAUCCAGAUUUUCUUUACCUUUUUUUUUUUUUUACUGUUUUCCUCCUUUUUCAAAUAACUUUUCAACCUUUCCUCCAUUUCCGUUUACUAAAUGGAAUAAAUAAACCUUUCUGUUUACUUUCUAUGUAUUGUAUGAGCCUCCACCUGAGACCCACUGAUAUGACUUUUUGUUUCUAGACUACCAGUAAGAUGUUAAAGGUCAUUGGGGAUUUCCAGCCUCCUGAACAUGAAGCUGAGUGACAAAAGCAGGGAUGUUAGUUUCUGCAGUCACAGGAUAUGUGUAAUAGGAUACAAUAUGUUUUCCUCCAACAAAUCUUACAUGGAGUCAGCUCCUAAGGGUGUGGUUUUGAAUGGCCUGUGUAUAAUUUCAUUUUUCAUCUUUGACUGGAAGCAGGAACACUCACAAGGGUUAGCAACCUGCAUAAUCAGGGAACAGGGUGUACGAAUAAGUUCUGCUAAGAGUAGGGGGGAGGAGAAGGAGGUGGACUAUUAUAGAACGCUAACAGCAUCAUCUGGCCGUCUGUUUGUAAGAAACGGAAAUCAAAACAGUAGGAGUGAAGUUUACAAGAAGGUAUCUUGGGGCAAACAUCUGGAAAUAGUCAUCUUACCGUACAUGUAUGAUAUCUUUUUUUUUAAUCUUCUUGUGUAAUGCAAAUACUUACAGGAAUGUCUUUAUAGAAUCUUAUUUAUUUCUUAGCUAAAUAAAUCUGAUAUAACUUUGCUGUUAAAAUAACAGAGGCAUAGAGAUCACUCUAGGAAUUUCUUGGCAAUAUCAAUUAUCCAGAUUCAAAAUAAUGACUGGAAAAUUUAUAUUUUUUUCUCUAGAAUUAAUAAAAAUAAAUAACUUUACCUUUAAUAUUUAAAAAAAAUUCAAUCUAAUAAAUAUGAUUGUGUUAAAAGAUGUCAAACAAUUCAGUAAACAGAAAGUGAAAAUGAAAGACAAUGACAUUACACCAACUUUCCAGAAACUUCUGUUUGGAGUCAUGUUAUACAAGGCACAGUUCAAGUACUAGGUACAAGUACACAGUUCAAGUACUAAGAAUAUAGUGCCAAAGAUGAUUUGAUACCUAUUUAUGAGAAAGCUUAUAGCCUAAUACAGUUUUCAACUAAGAAAAAAAGUGGAAUCAGGUUCUGUGAUGGAAACAUGGGCAUGGUACAAAGGAUAGUUUACUCACUUUUAUCUGGUAAGGAUAGAGGGGUAGAGGAGGUCAGGAAAGGCUUCACAGAGGGAGACACCAUUGAGAAGAGUUGGUUUUAAGAUGUCCUACAUGAUACGGUGGCAGGAGUUGGGUGGGGGAUGUUGAGGGCAAUGUGGGGUACUACAAGCAGAGUGAGGCAUGAGAGGCAAACCAGGGAAAUUUUAAGUAACUUUGGGUUUAUAGGAAACUUAUAAGCAACAUAUUUUGGACGGGUAUUUUUUUUUUUUAUAGAGUUUAGGAGAAAGCUUGGCAACAGGCUGAGAGUUAAGGAGGGCCUUCUAUGCCGUCUUUAAACUUAGGGAAGACCUUUUAUGCAUACUGAGAUAUUUUGAGUCUACUUAGAAAGGAAUAUAAGUUCACUGAGGGAUUUUAAACAGAGAGUAACAUAAUCAAUUUUGUGUUUUUUGAAGACCAUCUUUGUUACAAUAAGGAGGAUGGAUUGAAGGAGCAUGAACGUGGAUGAACUGAUAACUGGUUUUUGCACUAGUCCAGACAUGAGGUUAGAAGAUUCUGAACUGAGCUAAUAUGGUAGGAAUAAGGAGGAGGAAUCAGAUAUGAAAAAAAGUAGAGGAGAUAGAGUUUAAAGUAUUGGUGAUUGGUUACAUGUAGGAAGACAAGCAAAGGGAGACCUUAGGUUGACUAGGUUCUGCCUGAUAUUAUGUAGAUGACGCUGCCAUUAACUAAGGUAGAAACUACAGGAGAAAUAGAAAAGACUAUAAAUUGAGCUUUAGGUCAGAGACCUUUAGGUGGAGGGACAUGCAGAAUUCUGAGCUACAUAAAUAUGUGGGAAAUAAAACAUUUAGGUAGUAAUUAAAAUGUAUAGGAGUGAAUGAAUGAGAUCACUGAGGUGGCCAUGUAAAAUGAAAAGACAAAGAAUAAAAGUGUCAAAAGAGAUUCUUAAGGAAUAUCAACAAAUGAAAGGCAAGAAGAGCAAGAGAGUCCAAAAGAACUACUAAGAUUGAGUUACACAAGAUGACAGAAGGAGGACCAGGAGGGAAAGACAUCCAGAGAGCCAGGAGACAGUAACUUCAAGAGUAAUGGAAAGGUCAAUGACAAUAAAAUGGUUAGUGAAUUAAAACAAAUAAAUAAUAAUACAUGAUAAAUAAGUUCAAGUAAGAGGAAGGCUAAACAUAAUUUAUUGUUUUGACAAUAAGAAGGAAAACUGAUUAUUGAUAAUUAUUGAUAGCAGUGGUUGAAAAGGUGAACUAGUAAGAUAAGCUAUAUAAUUCAUUUUCUUUUUUCUUCUUUUCUGAGGAGCCUGAAUAUAAAGAGAAGAGAUAAAGCGUUACUACACGGAUAUUACAGGGCUAAGAGAGAAAUUUUUUAAUUUUUUUUUUUUUAAGUUUUGGACAAUUCUAAUUCAAAGGUUAAAAAUAAAUGCAAGUAGAGCCCUUCACGUUAACACUACAGUGGAGAGAAAGGAUGAAUUAAUUGCUAAGACAAAAUUCCUACUAGAGACUAAAUGUGAUCCCACUAAGAGAACAUGAAAAACUGCUUGGGUUAAAAAAAAUACAAAACAAACAAAAAACCCUUAAUAGUCAAUUCAAUUUUUUAAUCAAUUCAAGUUUCGUCUUUGGCUUAGUCAUACUAAAUACCAAUAUUCUCCAUUUUUUCCCCAGAUUUUUAGCUUCCUCUCCUCAGCUAGAGCCUGGUCCCCUCACUGCAGAGCCAUGACCUAACUCAAGUCUAAUCAAUUUAAGGCAUCUUUAAAGUACAUCUACUAAGUACCAAACAUUAUGGUAGGCACAGGGGAGCCCGUAUUUCUGAGGUGCUUAGAGAAAUGGAAGGGGUAAUCUGAACCAAUAGCUAUAAUAGAAGGUCAUUUAGCACUAUUGAAGAAAUGGAGCGGGCCACAGAUACAAAUAGGAAUGAGUGAAUGACUGUGUUGAGUCAUGUAAAUGUUGCUAGAGCAGGUGGCAUUUAACCUGGGUCUUCAAAUCUGAGUCUAGGUUUUUUAGACAGAAAUAGGGGACACUGUGUGACUUUCUGAUACCAAGGGCCACAUGUGCAAAGAAAAAAACAGAGAGGCAAGAGCUAGCCUGGUGCACAUGUAAAGGGUGCAAAGUUUUAAGGAGUAAAAUUAAGGAAAAAAAAAAAACUAGCUUAGAGAGAAAGAAUGACAUGUGAAUUUGGGAUUGAAUUUUAGAUUAAGAUAAAAUAAUUUGGGGAUUUAUCUGCUGAGAAGGCUGUUGGGCUGAAGAGUGUUGUCAUCCGUGGGGGGAGAUGUCUGAGGAGGAUGUGGGAAGAUGAGGCUAAAAAAACAGGCUUAAAUAGUGGUGGCAUGAUUAAACAUGUACUUUAGAAAGUUAAAUGGAAAAGGUAUGGGUUCAGAUGGUUGUUACCAAGACAUUGCACACUAUGGGAGUGAAAAGUUGGAAGUGGUAGAACACUAGGGUCUUUUUAUAAUUCCAUUAUGGGGGCUUCUAUAAUGGAACUGUCAUAUAGGGGAAACUAUAAUUGUGAGAUUUGUUUGGCAUAGCAAAAUGACUGGAAAUGUUCAUCUCUGGAAUCAGGGUGAUUGAAUAGCACUUCUGGUUCUGUCACUUACUGCCUUUGCAAUCUUGAGCAAGUUAAUUAACUAUUUGAUGCUUCUGAAUUUUUAUCCAAAUAAACUUCAAAACUGUUUCUCUCUUGAAUGAUUUUUAGGAGACUCAAAUGAAAUACUAUGGCAUAUAUAACACACUCAAGCACCAGGCUCCUUCUUCAGUUUGGCGACCAUUGACCCUGACCGUGCUGACUUUGUGCUUGGUGCUACUGAUUGGCCUGGCAGCCCUGGGGAUUUUGUUUUUUCAGUUCUACCAGCUCUCCAUUACUCAGCAAGACAGCAUCUCUCAAAAGGAAGAAAGAUUAGGGAAUCUCUCCCAACAGUUGCAGUCUCUUGAAGCCCAGAACAGAAAGCUUGCAGCAACUCUUCAGCGUAUGGCUGAAAAUCUCUGCCGUGAACUCUAUAAUAAAACUGGAGAACACAGGUGCAGCCCUUGUCCGGGAAAAUGGAAGUGGCGUGGGGACAAAUGCUACCAAUUCUAUAAAGAAAGCAGGAGUUGGCAAGGAUGUGAAUAUUUCUGCAUUGCUGAGAACUCUACCAUGCUGAAAAUAAACACACAGGAAGUGCUGGAGUUUGCCAUGCCUCAGAGCUACUCUGAGUUUUUCUACUCUUAUUGGACAGGGCUUUCCCGCAACAGCAGUGGCAAGGACUGGCUGUGGAUGGACGGAACCCAUUACUCCUCUGAACUGUUCGACAUUGUAAUAGACUUCACCAGCAUCAGAAGCAGGGACUGUGUGACCAUCCUCAACGGGAAGGCUUUCUCAAAGGACUGCAGAGAGUUGAGGCGGUGUGCCUGUGAGAGGACAGCAGCAGCAGUGAGACCCGAGUGGCUCUAUUAGUGUCCCUGAAACUUUAGAUGUAGCUGAUAGACUCUCCAGCUACAACUACCAACAAAGACAAAAAAGGUCAAUGCAAAGUGUUCUUGUAACACCGGAAAAUGGAAAAUAAACAGGAAAGGCAAUCUCUCUGACUAGCACAAGUAGGGUCCGUUGUCACGUUUCCUGGUCAGGAUCACCAGUCUCUCUGAGCUUGGGUUGAUGCACAUAUUUACCAGUCAUAAAAAAAGCCCUAUUUCUCCAACCAGCCCCAGAAAACCAUAAACUCAUAAGCUUGUAAUCUGCCAUCUUGACUAAGAACUUUCUUUUUUUUUUCCUUUCUCACCGUCUAAUAUAAUCUCCCUGUUUCUAUGUCCUCUUUAAUAUUUGGAGAAAUGAGAAGCUUCCUGAAGUAGAAGAAAUAAAUGUGAAAUAAUAUCCUUUGCCCAGCAGUCAAGCAGCGCAUGAAAAAUUAGCAGUCACUCCUCAUUGUGUGCUAAGCAAAUACACAACUAAUUCUUUGUGUCUGUUUGUUUCUGUUCAAACCUUUCCCUUUCUCAUUUCUUCAAUAUAGCCCCUGUCUGUUAUAUCUAUGGCUACUUCCCAGUGGGGUUAACUCUCUUUAUUAGAGUCUUAAUUGGUUAGAAACAUACCUGUCUGUGUCCAUUUAUGACUCCACGAACUUCUCCUUUCCCUAGGAAGUUCUUCCAGGAAAGAAGUCAAUAUGAUUCAUAUCAGAAUUAUUGUCUUCUAUUGAAAACUCUGUGGGCCUUAAUUCUACUCUGACACACAUGGGGUCACCAUGAUUGGAAUAAACUCCAUGGCAACAUUUUUUUUUUUUUUAAUGCACCCUUCAAAGGGAUCAAAGACCAGAACAAAAUGCAAUCUUUUUAUGUGCACCUAUAAUGGUCUGGUUUCAACUCCUCUUUACUUCCAUUUGAUCCACUUUUAUACAUUUUCGGUACUGAAGAUUUAAUAAUAAUAAACAUGCAAAAUGUGAACUGUGUAUGACUUUAGCACCAAUUUGUGAUUUGGGGAAAUUCAGGGUAGGAUUGCUCUUCAAACACAAUAGCGUUCAGCAGUGUUUUACUUCUUUAUGCCUUACUGAUUGUGGGACCUCUACAAGAGUACUGAUCAUUUAGGGAAAAAAGUUCUUUGACAUACAAGUUGUUUUCAAGGGAACAGUUUUAACACCCUGCUAAAAUGGAAUCCCUUGAGGAAAGCUUAUGGCAUCAACACACGGCUGAAGGGGAGUAAACAGAGUUGCAAGAGGACGAAUUGUUUCCAGUCAGGCUCACGGAAGGUGAAAGAGAGAUUUUGGCAUCUGAAUAGCUGGGCUUGACUAGGCGCUUCUUUUCCAGGAAGAUGGUAUGCACAAAUAUGACAGGGGUCAUUGCAAAAGGCGCUGUCUGGACCGCUGACUUCACUGGUUUACAGAUAAGUUGAUUUAAGGGUUUGACAUUAGAAAGAAUAAUCUACUAAGGUCUUUACUUUUCAACAGUGGAAAGUUGGAUGCUUCAGUUUUAUUUUCAGUAACCAUCUGUCUUGUGGUGAAAUGACAACAAGUAAGAAAAAUAUGAUAAAAAGGACUUUUUCAUGUUUCUUUUCAUAAGACUAGGUUGCUUAUAAGUUAUUACCUGCAGACUUCUCUCCUGAGAACUUUCCUUUCUGUUUUAUCUUCUAUGGAUUAGGUAGGAAAUUCCUUCAGUGUCAAACAAAUUCUUUGGUGAUUUAUUGCGUGUUUGAUUUCUUGUGCAUCAAGGGUGAGAGGAUGAAGAUUUUAGACCUGCUAUUCUGCCUUACUUCUUGGGAAAAUUACUUCACUUAUCUUAGUUCCUUAAGUAUAAAGUGACAAUAUUUGUAAUUUCCUCCCAGUGUUACUGUUAGCUGAAAUAAGGUAAAUUUGAAGUUAUUUUCAUAACAUAUAGUGCAAUAUAAAAUGUAAGGGAUGUUAAGAAAAUGUAAAAAAAAAAAAAGAGAGAGAGAAGGAGAAUUUGGUGUUUAAUUUUUAAAGGUAGGAGAGUACAAAUAUAUGUAAACAACCUUCUUUAGAGACCUGUGCUCAUAAACAAGUUAUUGUGUGUGUGUGUGUGUGACUAUUAUCAAAUAUUUUCUAUGAUGAGAGUAAAUAUUCAAUGAAUAUGAUUAGCAUAAUAGACAUGUAACAAUAAGUGAAGAUUGAGCCUUUAAUUACAUAUUUGUUAUUUAAGGCUUGUUCCGUGCAGAAAGAAAAUAUGGUUAAUGUGAAAAGUUAAAUUUUCCAUUUAAAAAAAUGACUUUGUAGACUAAAUUGUAAAAUAAACACAUAGCACUCAAUUAAGUUUCUGGCCCCUGGCUUCCUAUAUAAUUGCAGGCUAGUUUGGGGAUGGAUGACAAGUGUCACUUUAAAUGCCAACUGCUCUGCAGAGUCCGGCUGCUUGGAGGGUGGGUAUUAAACAGUAUCCUCUCUCCAAAAUCUGGGACCUAACGGAAAGUAUCACUUUAGACAGAAAAAAAAGAAAAAGAAAAAGCGUUUAUUUGAAAUAUUUACUAUCCUUGAGCUAAUUUUUCUGAAUCAUUGCCCUCAAUCCCCUCAUCUGUAUAGCAAAACUAACAAUAUUGAUCACAGUGUGAACAAAUAUUUCAAAAGAGCAAAAAAGGAGAACAUCAACAUUAUUAGAAUAGGAAAAAUCAUAAAAUGACUUUAGUAAUACCACUUCCUGAAAGCAACUUUCAGCUGAGAAUCAGAGAAGGCAGCAUCAUCUGAAUUGGUUUUAUAAGAUGGGAAGACUUUUUCUCUUCCAGGCUUAUGCGCCUAGUAGGUAAUUGUGAAGACAUUGCAGGAAAAGUCAUUGCAGGGGCUUUCCUGGUGCGGCUGAGUUCCCCAGGGCCCGGAACGAGCCAUUCCUUUUCCGGGGGAUAUUGAACUAGUCCUCUGGACUUAUCAACAGGAAACAAGCCAUGAGCCCUGUAGGAGCGGGAAGUGUGAGAUGUGUGAUUGGGAGCUUUUAUUUGGGGAUACACACAGAUUAUAAACUGAGCAUAAGAGCUGAGUAGCUUGUCUCAGGGUUGGUCUUGAUGUUUAGGAGUCCUUGUAGUUUUUGAAGAAAACAAAAUUCAGUGUAAUAUAAAGUGCACAUGACUUUUUUUUUUUUACAAAUUUCAUUUUAUGAAUAGACUUUUAGAAUCUAGUAGUAUUUACUAUUAUUAUUCUCUCAGUAUUAUUUGAACUUUUUUUGUAUUGUACAUUUAAAGUACCUUAAACUUCUUCACAUUCGUAGGAACUCUUUGUUCCCCUUUUUCUCUUCCGUGUUUCAAGCUAACUCAGAACUCAGUGAGAUGAAUCAAAGAUACCCUAUUCAUUAGGGUACAGAACAAGUUUAUAGAAACGGUCGUCCAAGCAUUAAGGGCCAAACUCUUACCGCCACCCUGACACAAGCCUUGGGGUCACACAUAAGGUUUGCACUAGACUACUAAGCUAAAGGUUAGCAGUUUGAACUCACUCAGUAAUGCCAUGGAAGAAAGGGCUGGCAAUCUGCUUCUUAAAAGACUAUAGCCAAGAAAACCCUAUAGAGCAGUUCCACUCUGUAGCAUACGAGGUUGCCAAGAGAGGAAUCGACCUGAUGGCACUGAGUUUGGUUUUUUGGUUUUUAUCCAGGCCCAAAAGCAAUCUGUAGGGGAAAAAAAAAAAAAUCUCUCAUCAUAACGCCUGCUUGGAAAGUAGUAUUGCCACUGAGGAGAUUUGUAGGAGCUUAUGACAGCUGGUGGAAACCCUGGUGGCCUAGUGGUUAAGUGCUAUAGCUACUAACCAAAAGGUUGGCAGUUUGAAUCCAACAGGCGCUCCUUGAAAACUCUAUGGGGCAGUUCUACUCUGUCCUAUAGGGUCGCUAUGAGUCGGAAUCGACUCAACGGCACUGGGUUUUUUGGUUUAUGACAGCUGGAUUAUAGAUAAAAUUCUGACUUGUAAAUACUGUAUCACAUGUAAAGAGGAUGACAUCAGCCCAAGGAUGUUUGCCUUUUGCUUCAUUGUACUUUUUCUAAGGAGAGUUUUAAAUGCUUCCUAUCCUUUCUCUAAACAUAGCUCCAUGACAAUACUCUGAAGAAUCUUGAGGACAAACGUUCUUUACUACAGAAAAUGGCUAUUGUUUCUCCUCUAUUCCAGGCUAUUAUACUCAGCUGCCAGCUGCCACCUGUGGAAACCAAGCACGGAAGACAACUGGUACUAUGCUUACUUUGUAUUCUCCUUUUCCAGGUUCAGCAAAAACUGGAGAGCAUUCCUUUUAUUGUAGUUCCCAUGUUUUAAACUCCAGGUCAAGGCUUAAUAAAGAAAAAAUAAAAUAAAAAACACUCUUGCUUAAAGGACCCCACUCUUUAGAGAUGGGUGACCUUUAACAAAAGACUUCUAGGUUUAUUUAAAUGAUUUCCACUGCCUUAGUAAAUUAGGUUUAAUUUUACUUCAUUUACAUGGUGCCUUAUUGUACAGCAGAAAGAAUGACAGCCUAAUCUGUGUCAGCUACUUCCAGUGUGAAAUGAGAGAUUAAAGUGGAGGAUAAAAUUAUAUUGAAUUUAGCAAAGAUUUAUUGAGAAGCUACUGUCUGCUAAGGUGUUAUUCCAAGGAUUUUAAGUGAUACAAAUGCGACAUAAUAAUAAUUAGUGAAUUUUUCUUCACUGGCUGGUAUGAAUGGUUAAGUGCUUGAUUGCUAACUGAAAGGUUGGAGAUUUGAACCCAACCAGAGGUACCUUGGAAGGCAGGCCCAGUAAUCUGCUUCCAAAAGGUCAUAGCCUUGAAAAUCCUGUGGAGCAUUUCCAAUCUGCACACAUUGGGUCAUCAUAAGUCAGGAUCCACUUGACAGCAACUAGCAACCACAACAUGGAUCACUAGGUACUUUUGUAUACACUACCCCUUGAGAACAAGAUAGCCUACAAACCUGGUGCAGAGAUUUCCUAUAGACUAUAGAUUUAUUUAAGCAGAUUCAUUAAAGUUCAAACAGAUAUUCUGUCCAGAGACUUUCUGAAAUAAUACAUACAAAUUUUAUCUUCACAAUAUUACUUAACAUGAGCAGGGAAAGGGGUCAGUUUUACUUGGAAUGCACAAGUAAUAUGAAUGCCUAGAGGAGAUUGGUGAUUUAUUCCAGGUAAAAUCAUCAAGCACUGAUACAGUACUCACUCUGUGCAAGAUAGUAUUCUUAGCUAUUUACAUGUAUUAAUGAUUUAAUCCUUAAAUUAUAUUUUGAGGUAAGACCUAUAAUUAUUUUAAAGUGAGGAAACUGAGGCACGGAGAGAUUAAUAACUUGCCAAAUCCAUGUGGUAAGUAGCAGAACUAAUAUUUGAAUCCAUACUGUCUGUUAUGAGAGUUGGUGCUCUUUAAUUACUACACAAAUGUUACCUAAGGAAUCAGGAAAAGAAUAAUACUUAAACCUAGCUUUCCAAAAUGCUAGGUGUUUCCGGUAGAUUUUUCCAGCGAUCUCAGGACCUACCCGUGGAGCCUCUUAAGGGCCACAGUUGUUGGGCCAGUGUUGGUGAGUGGACCAAGCAACCUCCACCCCUUUCUAGUCUUAGAAAUCUCACUUUUCGGUGAUUUGCCUAAUUGGCCUCAAAGUACACUUCACUGAUGAAAAUAGUCAAAUAACUUUUUUUUUUUUUUUUAAGUUUGUAAAGCAUUGAUUUAGACCGGUUCUUCUCAAAGUUAAUUGUGUCUAUGAAACUCCUAUGCAUCUGGAAUGGAUCCUAGGAAGCUACGUUUUUAACAUGCACCUUAAUUGCGCUCUGAUAUAUUUUGAGAAAAACUGAGGAAGGCAAAAUUGGAAAAUGAUAUGGACUCCUGAAAAGAAAUGUUCUUUGCUAUAUUUAUUCAAAGUGUCAUUACAUCUUUUUGCAUGAAAUAUUUGUAAUUAGUGUAGUCAUGAUUGUAACUGUGAUGAUUGUUAUUAAAAAAAAAAAAAGCUCCUUUUCCCUGAGAAAGCCCCUGGUUCUCUCUCUACACAAGUCUUUCUAGACCCUUUCAGUUUCUUCACCCUCUGGAAUAAAAUAAAAAUAUAAAUGAGAGGAAAGGCAAUGUAGCUAGAGAAUGACAUGAUGCUUUCCCCAUUCAUUUGGUAAAGGUCCCCAUGACCAGGCCUAGAGAGACUUUAUUUAUUUAUUUUUUUAAGUGAGAGUUUACAAAUCAAGUCAGUCUCUCAUACAAAAAUUUAUAUACACCUUGUUAUACUCCUGGUUGCUCUCCCCCUAAUGAGACUAUAGACUCUUUCUCUCCACUCUUUUCAUGAGCAUUCAGCCAGCUUCUGACCGAAUUCUAAAGUCUCCUCCAUGUUCAACCUACGAAGGACGGUUUUCCUGUUGAAUGAACUACUGGAGGCGAAGUCAGGCAGGCUGCAGAUAAGGCUUUUUGUCAGCUCUCCAUUAACCAGUGGUGACGUAGCUUUUCAUUCUAGUCCUCCUGUUGUUUAUAUAUGACAACCAGAGUGCUCCACAAUUUGCUAUUGAGUUUCUAUUAUAUGUGCCAAACAGGGGUUAUGCAUAUCAAUUAAUGCAUUAGACUAGUGGUGUUAUUUGUUCUAUUUCAUCACAGAUACAAACGCUUACACAGGUGCUUAGUUAUCGGUGCAUUGAUAAUGGAAAGCACAGGCAUCUGUCUAGGUUAGGGGCCACUUCCUUGAAUUUGCAUAGCACCUGUGCUACCUCCAACAUUAUGGCAAUUUUGUAUUUACGUUUACAUGCUUCUCUCUUUGAGUAUACGGUAAACUCAAGGGAAGUUGUAGUCUUUCAUAUCUGUUUCCUUGGACUAAGAGUGUGCUGGACACAGGGUAUCUAUUGGAUGAACAUAUUCAUAAGUGAAAACUGCUAGAGUGUUAACUGAGAGUUCAGAUUUUGAACUCUUUGAUUAUUGAGUUGUGGGGAUGGCUAGUGUGAGCAAGGAAGAAAACUUAUACCUGUCCUUUGUUGAGGAUGAACUGAUCCUGGCAGUCUGAGUUCAGACCUUGAACCCUUUGAUUAUUGAGUGGUGGGGAUGGCUAGUGAGAGGAAGGAAGAAAACUUACAACUGACCUUUAUUGAGGAUGAACUGAUCCUGACAGUCUAUUUCUUUCACUACAUGAAGUGUCAUGGAUGGAUCACCUCUCCAGUAGAAUUUUGCAAUUCUAAAAAUGGAGUCAUCUGACAGGUCGCAGAUAAGAAGCCUAUCUUCCAUUCAGUUUCAAAAUC